AUGUUCCCAUCAUUUUUCUCAUAUGUCGAGCGAAUCGCUGCUAUUUUCGCUAUAAUUGGAAACUUGGUUCUAAUCUGUUUGGUUAUGAAGAAAUCUGUGAGCAAAUUUGGUAAUUAUCGAUAUCUAAUGGUUUAUAUCUCGGUUUAUGAGAUUCUAUUUGCUAUACUGCAUGGGUUGACUGUUCCGGUGCUCGUCACCACCGACUGCUGGAACUUCCUAGUGAUGCGUGUUGACAAGACAUGCUUCUUCCAAAUCUCCAAACCAUUUCUACAAUUUCUAAAUGUCCUAUUUUGUAAUAUGUUCGGAAUGUCAAUGUCUCUAUUUGCCAAUCAUUUUAUCUAUCGGUAUAUGGUUCUGUCUCGCUCGAAAGCUCUCAGAGAUUCCGAUGGGCGGACUAUUAUCUUUAUGGUCUUAUUUUCCAUUGUUUUUGGUGUAGUAUGGGGAUUAUUGGCAUGGGACACCAUGCAACCAUUUCCAGAGGCCGAUCAGAUGGUCAAUGAAAGAUUUGCAAUUCCAAUGGGGUUAAGUCUAGAUCAAAUCGCAUAUGUUGGAGUCUUGUUUUAUACAAAAGACGCUAAUGGAAAUAGUCUUGUUCACUGGCCAUCAGUGGUUGGAAUCGGCAUUCAGAGCGUUUUUAUUGGCAUCUCCAUCACCACUAUCCUCAUAUUUGGCUUCAAAUGCUACCAAGAAACCCAUAAAAUCUCUAUGAAUGCUUCUCAAAGCAAAGCAAAAAUUCAAUCUGAACUAUUCUAUGCUUUGGUUUUCCAAACACUCAUCCCAAUCUGCCUAAUUCAUAUUCCUGCUUCAAUCGUUUACGCUGUUGCCGCUAUGGACCAAUCCAAUGAGUAUUACGGACAAUUCCUCUCUAUUUCUGUUUGCUUGUACCCUGCUUUGGACCCUCUACCCAACUUUUUCAUCAUCAAAGAUUACAAGAAAGCCAUUAGAAGUGAGUAG